AUGCACGAGGCGUUCCUGCAGGGGAAUAGAAGAUGGAAGUUUGUCCCCUCGCGGCAGAAUCUCAUGGAGCUCGGAUCGGAGGCGCUCGCGACGCUCCGGAACUCGCUAAUGCGCAACCUAUGGCUGUGCCCGCUCACCAACAUGCUUCCCGUCGACCCAGUGCGGGCCGAGGACGGCAACGUCUACGAGCGGAGAGCCAUCCACGGUUGGAUCUACGAGGCCCAAUUCUUGGCGCCCCCCCGCCUGUGCUCCCCUGUGACUGGCAAGCCGAUGGGGAGCAGGCUGACCUCGUGCUUCGAGGUGCGCAAUUCCAUCGACCUCCUCGUGCGUCGCGGAUGGCUGAGGGGUCCUGUUGCUGAGCGCUGGGUCGAGAGGCAGGUGGAGGAUGCGCAGGUCGCAGAGGCGGCGCGCAUCAUCCAGGCGCGCUAG